AUGCUAACGUCUGAAUUAAAAGCGACGUAUUCAGCAUGUAAUCAUGGAUUUAAAUACAAUGCCACUAAUAAUCCUCGUCGAGUCUUGACCAAGCCUAGUAAAGCAUCACAGAAUGAUGGGUUUGAUAAUGAUGAUUUUGACUACAUUUUGUAUGUGAAUGAUAUACUUGGAAGUACAGAAGGUCACAAAUACAUUAUACUGGAUGUGUUGGGUUCAGGCACGUUUGGUCAAGUGGUGAAAUGUCGGAAUACAAAGACGCAGGAAAUUGUAGCGGUCAAGGUAGUGAAGAACAAGUUGGCUUAUUUCAAGCAAAGUAUGAUGGAAGUGGCGAUACUCGAGAUGCUAAAUCAACGGUACGACGAAAACGACAAACAUCACCUGUUGAGACUACGAGACACAUUUAUUCAUAAGAAACACUUGUGUUUGGUAUUUGAGCUCUUGUCGGUCAAUCUGUACGAACUCAUCAAACAAAACCAUUUUCGAGGAUUAUCCACCAAUCUUGUACGUGUAUUUACCGCUCAAAUAUUGGAUGCAUUAACCGUCUUAAAUGAAGCUCGUAUCAUUCACUGUGAUUUAAAGCCUGAAAAUAUUCUCUUGAAAAACUUGGAAUCACCCACGAUAAAAGUCAUUGAUUUUGGAUCGGCCUGUCAUGAAGUGCAGACAAUGUACACGUAUAUUCAGUCAAGGUUUUAUCGAUCGCCUGAAGUCUUGGUGGGUCUACCUUAUACGAGUGCAAUUGAUAUGUGGUCUCUAGGCUGUAUUGCCGCGGAGUUAUUUUUGGGGUUGCCAUUGUUUCCAGGUAGUUCUGAAUACAAUCAGUUAUCUCGUAUUGUGGACAUGCUUGGAACUCCUCCGAAUUACAUGAUCGAGGUGGGUAAGAAUGCACAUCGUUAUUUCGACAGAGACACGAGUGGAGGGGAAAAACGAUACGAACUAAAGUCGAUGGAGAAAUACAGUGCGGAACAAGGCAAAAACGAGCAACCGUCCAAACGAUAUUUUUCGGCCAAGGGUUUGCCUGAUUUGAUCAAUACGUAUCCCAUCAUGCGAAAGACACAAAUGUCCAACAAGGAGAUUGAAAAAGAAAAACUAAACCGUUUAGCAUUGAUUGAUUUCUUGCAAGGAUUAUUAAAUUUAAACCCGAUCGAACGAUGGUCACCACAACAGGCGAAGCAGCAUCCGUUUAUCACAGGUGAACCAUUCACAUGUCCGUUUCAACCUCCCUUUAUUUCCAGAAAACAACAUCAUGUCAUACCCAAUUCUUCAUCCACCAGUACCAUGUCUACAAGUGUACCCAAGACCUCACCUACCUUGGGAUACCGUCAUCAUCUACAACCGAACAAUGGAAAUAGUUAUUCGGAUUCUUCUUAUUUAUCACCUACUUAUUCAAGUCUACCAAAUCAUUAUGAAAAUACAAUGACCAAUAACAAAAGAUCUUCGUAUGUGCCUCCUUUACCAAGUGUGCUUGAACCACCACAUAAUGAUCAACAUCAACAUCAAUUAAACUCAAUGUACAGUGGAGGUGGUCAACGACAGCAGCAGCAGCAGCAGCAACAACAACAACAACAGCAACAGCAGCAUCAUCAUCAGCAACAACAGCAGAGUAGUCGACCUAGAGCAAAUACAGUGGGCACAAUGCAAGUACCACCUCAAAUUCAAUGGGCGACGGUGGAUCAUAGUGAUGGUACAGCUGCGACAGAAGGAUCAUUGUACAGCCCUUAUUAUCCAUACGGACAACAACAGCAAAGUGAGGAAGAAGGAGGAGGAGGAAAUAUCUUACCUCAGUGGAAUAACAAUGCUCGACAGACGGUUGAUUUGGAAAGAGAUGGAGAUUGGCAGGAGAGCAAGACCAAUCAUCAUCAUAAAAGAAGCAAUAGUAGUGUACGGUAUGCGGAGAUUCCUACAGCUUCUGUGUCGUCUUCCAUGAUUCAUCAUAAUUCGAGAUCGAGUGUGGCUAGUUUUCAUCGAUUGAUGCGAGGGCAUACAAUUCCUUAUAGUAGACAAGAUAUAGAAUGGGAUGGUGUUGUACAUCAAACGCCUCCACCACCUCCACCUCCACCGCAACAAGAAAACGAUUUUGAUGAAAAUGAUAAAGGUUGGAUGAUUGCUUAA